UCCACCUGCGGGAAGAGAACAGAUCCAGCACCUCUCUCGCAUUGCCCAGCAAGGGCCUUCUCCGGGUUGAAACCCUUUCCCGACUCUAAACCCAACUCUGAGGAGGCUUGACAAGGCAGCGCCAAGUGGUUAGUCCACGAUCACCCUCCCAGGGCUCCCGAAAAGAGAUACUUGGAAGCUUUAGCCCCAAGGACCAAAAGAACAGGAGUCUCACCUCCGGGUUGCAAUCAAGCAGCAGCAUUUCCCGCCCAAAGCAGACGACAAGCGUCUCUGUAAAUGUAGAGUGGUGGGACACUCGCUGCAGACCGGCAGACUAUCUUCAACACUUCUUUUAAGCCACAACAACAAAAACUAUGUGCAGUGUGACAACCACAAAGCGCCGCACUGUGAGUUUCAGUGAGGAUACAGAUUGUGGAAGCAGGAUGAAGUUGACCAGUGAAAAGUUGCCCAAGAACCCCUUCUCUGUAUCCCAGCAUGCUGCUAAGGACCAAAAAGUCUUCCAAUGGAGAAAGGAAAAGACUGAUCACUACAAGCAUGCUGAUUUGGUAGAGAAGGCACUGCAGCUCUUGAAGGAAAGAAUAAGAAGAGGGGACACUCUGGCAUAUUUCCUACGAGGUCAACUAUAUUUUGAAGAGGGAUGGUAUGAAGAAGCAUUACAACAGUUUGAAGAUAUCAAGGAAAAAGAUCAUCAAGCCCUUUACCAGCUGGGAGUGAUGUAUUAUGAUGGGCUGGGGACCACCGCAGAUGCCGAAAAAGGAGUGAGCUAUAUGAAGAAAAUUAUUGAUUCUCCAUGUCCCAAAGCAAGACACUUACAAUUUGCAGCUGCUUACAAUCUUGGAAGAGCUUAUUAUGAAGGAAAAGGUGUUACGAGAUCAGAUGAGGAAGCUGAAAGACUGUGGCUUUUUGCUGCAGACAAUGGAAAUCCAAAAGCCAGUGUGAAGGCUCAAAGUAUUUUAGGAUUGUAUUAUUCAACAAAAGAGCCUAAAGAGCUAGAAAAGGCAUUUUAUUGGCAUUCAGAAGCGUGUGGUAAUGGAAAUCUGGAGUCCCAGGGUGCACUUGGUCUCAUGUACUUUUACGGACAAGGCAUCCGCCAGGAUACUGAAGCUGCCCUGCAUUGCUUAAGAGAAGCAGCGGAACGUGGAAAUGUCUAUGCUCAAGGGAAUCUUGUGGAGUAUUAUUAUAAGAUGAAAUUUUUUACAAAGUGUGUUGCGUUUUCCAAAAGGAUUGCUGAUUAUGAUGAGGUUCAUGACAUCCCCAUGAUAGCCCAAGUCACGGACUGUCUGCCGGAGUUCAUCAACAGAGGCAUGGCCAUGGCGUCUUUCUACCAUGCAAGAUGUCUUCAGCUUGGCUUGGGCAUCACAAAGGAUGAAGCAACAGCUAAACAGUAUUAUUCUAAAGCUUGUCGUCUGAAUCCUGCAGUGGCAGAUGAACUUUACUCCUUACUUAUUCGUCAAAGAAUUUAGACCGCAGUGCAUUUCAACAAAGAUCAUCAAUCCUAACACCAUACAAUGACAAACAACCCACGCCUCACCUGGAAUGUUUUCGAGUAGCUUUUGCUGUGCUCUCUGUUUUGUUUCCCGAUAUUGCUCUUUGCUUCU